AUGACUGAUGAAGGAAACAAUUUUAAUGGUAGAAAUGAAAGAAAUGAUGCUAAUCAUAUUACAGAAAAUUUAUUUAAAUAAUAAAUUGGAAUCUAUAAUUAAUCUUAAACAUAAUGGAAGAAUGAAAAAAUUGAAAUAUAAAAAUAAUAUAGAUAAUUAAUUAUGUAAUUAGAAAAAGAGAGCAAGUAGUCGUUUCUUUACUAAUUACCUUUACAAAAGACAUGGGUAUAAUGGUUAGCACUUGGUUUAGCUUGUUUUCUAUUAUUUGGAGAUGCAUAUGCUUUUGAUAAUCCAAUGGCAUUGCAAUCAACAAUACAAACCGAGAUGAACCUUAAUAAUGUUUAAUUCAACAUGCUUUAUUCAAUAUAUUCUGCUCCGAAUAUAAUAUUACCAUUUUUUGGUGGAAUCCUUAUAGAUAAAAUUGGUGUUAGAAUUAGUAUAUUAAUUUUCUCAUCAAUCUUAAUAUUGGGUUAGAGUAUAGUAGUAAUUGGUGGAUAUACAUUUUCAUAUGGGACUAUGUUAGCUGGAAGAUGUAUAUUUGGGAUUGGAUCUGAAAGUUUGAAUGCAGCAUAGGCAGCCAUUAUGUCUUAAUGGUUUUAAGGAGGUUAAGUAAGUUUAGCUUUAGGGUUAUGUUUAUCUAUUCCAAAAUUAGGAAGUGCUAUGAAUAGUUUGAUAAGUCCUUAAAUUUAAGCAAAUCAUGGAGAGUUAGGAUUUACAUUUUUAGUUGGACUUUUUAUGGUUAUAUUUUCAUGGGGAUGUGGAUUAGUUUUGAUAUAUCUAGAUAAGAAAAAUGAAUAAUUAAUGAAAAUAUGGAAAGAGAUGAAUCCUAUAGAAGUUAAUAUAGAGAAUAAAGAAUAAUAGAUAGCUUCAUAAGAGAUGAGUUUAUAGAUUAGAAAAAGCGAAUCUACAGAAAGUGAACGUUCAGUUUCAUUAUUAGAAGAUGAUGAUGAUGAGGAUAGUGGUGAUGAAAAAGUAGAAGAAACAGUACAUGAAGUAAAAGAAGAAAUAAAAUUAUCAGAUUUGAAACAUUUAGAUGGAUCAUAUUGGAUAUUAUCAUGCAUUAUUAUGUUAAGUGAAGCACUUUUUGUUCCAUUUUUAGAUAAUGGAAAUGCAUUUUUUUAAGUUAAAUUUGGUUUUAGUUAAUAAUCUGCUGGAGUUUUACUUACUAUUCCUUAUGUAUUUGCAGCAUGUGUUACUCCAUUUGUAGGCAUAUAUGGUGAUAAAAUUAGAUAACGUUCAUUAUUGAUUGUUCUUACUACUGUUAUCUUUAUUAUUACUCAUUUAUGCCUUUUACUUAUUUAUUGUGAUGUAAUUAUAUCUAUAUUUUAUUAGUCUGCAUGUGGAGUAUCAGCAUUACCUUUAUUGUCAUUAGGAAUUUGUUUUUCUUUUUAUUCAGCUAUUUUAAUACCAUCUAUACCAUUAGUUGUUAAAUCAUAAAUGAUUGGUAUACUAUAGAUAUUUAUAUAUUAGGAACUGCAUUUGGAUUGUUAGGAGUUAUGUAAAAUACAGCUUUAGCUUUAUUUCCUCUCAUCACUGGAAGCUUAUAUAAUAGUCAUCUCAUUAAUGAAUAGGGUGAAAUUGAUCCAUUUCAAGGGUAAUUAUAUACAAUAUCAAUAUUUUAGGUAUGUUUAUCAAUCCUAUUUCUUUGUUGGAGUCAGUUGCUUUAAUUUUGUUAUAGCUGUUAGUUUAUAUUUAUUUGAUAAAAAUGGAAGCAAGAAAUUGAGUCGAUUAAAGUCCAAGAGUAAAUGA